AUGAAUCAGACUUCAUCGGUUUUGAUUUUUGCUUAAAUGCUCCUCUUAUAAAAAAGAGUAGCAGCAUACUUAAUUCAAAAGAAAUCGAUGUUUCUGAAUUCUCAAUUAGAGAAGAAGCUAAUUCAUGUGAAUUAAAUCUCAACGCAAACGACAAUAUUUAAUACACAGCUAACUCUAGUUAAAGUUCAAUUGAUAUUAGUGAUUUCAGCUUAUGAAUCAAUUGAAAGACUAAAACAUCAAAUCUCCUUUUGCAGCCUCCUACCUGCAGUACAGAGACUUUCAGAUGUUAAAAAACUCAAAAACUAACAACUCACACAUAUACUUCUAUUGAAGAAUUCUUUCUCUCUCACUUAAAUCUUCUCUAUAAUAAAAACCAAACAUUCUAUAUAAUAAUACAAUCAAUCAAUAAACCAAUUAAUUAUUUUGAUUAACUAUCAAAAAUUUAUUAUAAAUUCCUAAAAAAUAUCCAUUUGGUAUUUUCUUUUUAUUAACAAAUCCUCUAUUCUACUUUAAUAACGAAAAAUAAGAGAUCUUGAAAAAGAUUUUUUAAAUAAAAUAACUAACUAAAUAACUAACUUCAGUUCGUAUCACCUAGCUUAAUGA